AUGACAAAGAGAAGCCUCGAGUAUGUGCCUGCUUUGUACAAGAUUUUCGACGAGAUCCUGGUGAAUGCUGCAGACAAUCUGAUCCGAGACCCGACGCAAAACACCAUCCGUGUCGAGGUCAAGCGCAAGGAGGGCUCCUUGAGCGUUUGGAACAAUGGUGCUGGGCUGCCAGUUCAGAUGCACCGGGAGCACAAGUGCUAUGUUCCCGAGCUAGUUUUUGGUCACCUUCUCACGAGUGACAAUUACGACGACACCGAGAAGAAAGUUGUUGGUGGACGAAACGGUUAUGGGGCCAAGUUGACCAACAUUUUCUCGUCCAAGUUCAUCCUUGAGACUGCAGACUCAAGGAGCGGCAAAAAGUACAAGCAAGUUUGGGAGAAGAACAUGACCGUUUGUCACAAGCCGGUCAUUGUCCAGAACAAGUCUGAGGACUUCACACAGGUAACGUUCUUUCCUGACUUCGCCCGCUUUGGGAUGCGAGACCUCGAGGAGGACAUUGUUGCACUCAUGCGACGUCGUGCUUUUGACCUCGCUGCCUCAACACAGGGUCGGUGCCAAGUCUUCCUGGACGGACGCUGUCUGGGGGUCUCCAGCUUUCAGGACUACGUUGAUCUUCACGUGAAGCCUGAGACCUUCCGCACCUGCAAGGUGGUGAAUGAGCGCUGGGAAGUUGCAAUUGGCCUGACGGAUGGCUCAGGCUUCCAGCAGGUGAGCUUCGUGAAUUCUAUCAACACCUCCCGCGGCGGCACGCAUGUGACCUACAUUGCUGACCAGGUCGUCAGUGCCAUCCUCGAGAAGAUUGGGAAGCAAAAAAACGGAGGUCCAUUGGCCGUGAAGAGUCAGCACGUCAAAAGCUACUUGUGGAUUUUCGUGAACUGUUUGAUCGAGAACCCGGCCUUCGACUCGCAGACCAAGGAGACCCUGACAAGCAAACGAGAGAGGUUUGGAUCAACUUGUCGCCUGCCUGAGGAGCUGUUGGACGAAGUUGUGGAAAGCGGCAUCAUCGAUGCUCUUCAGGAGUGGUCCAAAGCCAUGGGGAAGAACGAGCUUGCCCAGCAUCUGAACAAAAGCGAUCUAGGUCUACAGAAGCGCUUGUUUGGUGUCCCGAAGCUGGAAGAUGCUAACAUGGCUGGAACGAAAGAGGGCGACUCCUGCACGCUUAUUCUCACGGAGGGCGACUCAGCCAAGACCCUGGCUGUCGCUGGUCUUGGCAUUGUGGGCCGCGACCGCUUCGGUGUCUUUCCUCUGCGGGGAAAGCUUCGGAACGUCCGUGAACUCACGGUGAAGCAGAUGCUGGAGAACAAAGAGAUCGACCAGGUUCUGAAAAUCAUGGCUUUGGAUGCAACGAAGGAAUAUCGUGAUGCCAAGGGUCUCCGCUACGGUUCCAUCAUGAUCAUGACUGACCAGGACCAUGACGGGUCUCACAUUAAGGGCCUCAUCAUCAACUUCAUUCAGCACUGGUUUCCUUCACUUCUCAGGUUGCCAGGCUUCCUGAAGGAGUUCGUAACGCCGAUCGUGAAGGUGUCCAGAGGCGAUGAAACAAAGACUUUCUUCACCUUGCCUGAGUACGAAUCUUGGAAGAAGGCUCACGAUGAUGGUCGCGGCUGGAAAUGCAAGUACUACAAAGGUCUUGGAACAUCUACAAGCUCCGAGGCCAAAGAGUACUUUGCUGAUCUCCAAGACCAUGCCAUCGAGUUUACGUACUCAGGAAGCCGCGACGACGAUCUCAUCGAUAUGGCUUUUGCGGCUAAACGGUCUGACGAUCGCAAGGUUUGGAUCUCAAGUGUGGAGGAAGGCACCUACGUUGAUCACUCGCAGACCACACUGAGCUACUCGGAUUUCGUUGAAAAGGAGCUCGUCUUGUUCGCGAAGUAUGAUGUCGAGCGGGCCGUGCCUUCCCUUGUCGAUGGCUUGAAGCCGGGUCAGCGCAAGGUGCUGUAUGGUUCCUUCAAGAAGAAGCUUACGAACGAGAUCAAGGUCGCGCAGCUCUCAGGCUAUGUGGCCGAGACCUCCGCUUACCACCAUGGUGAGGCUUCCUUGCAGGGCACCAUCAUCUCCAUGGCCCAGACAUUUGUUGGCAGCAACAAUAUCAACCUCUUCGAGCCUCGGGGCCAAUUUGGAUCCAGGCUGCAGGGCGGAAAGGAUCACGCCGCAGCUCGAUAUAUCUUCACAUGCCUAUCCAAGGUGACCCGCUGUCUGUUCCCCGCUGAAGAUGAUGCCGUGUUGGAGCAUCUUAGCGAAGAAGGCCAUCAAAUUGAGCCCAGAUACUACUGUCCCGUCAUUCCCAUGGCACUCGUCAAUGGCGUGGAUGGUAUUGGGACGGGAUGGAGCACCAGCAUUCCCAAUCACAAUCCGCGUGAUGUGAUUGCCAACAUCCGGCGUCUGCUGCGAAAGGAAGCGAUGCACCCCAUGGUGCCGUGGUUUCGGGGCUUCAAGGGGACUGUGAAGGCGAUUGAAGGCGCAACCGGCAAGUUUGAGGCUUUUGGUGUGGCCUCGCAGAGAGGUCGCGUGCGCCUGGAGAUCACGGAACUUCCGCCGAGACGCUGGACGCAGGACUACAAGGACUGGCUGGUUGAGCAGCUUCCGAAGCCCGGAGAUGAGAGGCGGGCUUCCAUUACAGAGCUGCGGGAAUACCACUCCGAGAACUCCGUGCACUUUGUGUUGUCGAUGACCCCGGACAAGCUCUCCGAGGCGGAACGCCGUGGCUUCGAGAAAGUUUUUCAUCUUCGCUCGAAUAUCAGCACCACCAACAUGUGGCUCUUUGACGCUGACGGCAAGAUCCAGAGAUAUGACAGUCCCGAGGAAAUCAUCCAAGCCUUCUUCCCUGUCCGCUACCAUGUCUACGAGCGGAGGAAGGCUUACCUCGUGGACAAAAUGGAGCGAGAGCUUGCAGUGCUCUCCAACAAGCUUCGCUUUGUGGAGCUCGUCGUCGGUGACAGGUUGGAUGUGGAGAAGAAGCGCAUGGUGGACCUUUGUGGCAAGAUGCGGAAACUUGGUCUGGAGCACAUGUGCCAGAUCAAGGGCGAGGGCUCGGUGAAGGUGGGCACAGAGGUGCAAUGCAACUUGUGA